GGGCAGGUGAAGGCAGGAGGAGCCCGGUGCUGCAGACUCUGCUGGUUGAUGUCUCUCGGGUGGAGAGAUCGCCUUGCUCUGCCAGGCCGUGGCAGCAUGAGAGAACAUGCAGUUUGGAUGAUGGUGGAGCUGCUUCAUGGCAGCCCAUGCGGUGCUGCUGAGGGUGUUGGGCUUUUGGAGGAUGGAUUUAAUGCCCUAGGGCCAGCAGGUGGAUUUUGUGCUGGUGCUGCUGGUUAUUUUCUCUUAGCACAGAAUGAAGUGACCACAAACCAGGCAGAGGCUGGGGAAACCUUGGCCAUUGCUUCAGUGUUGGGGUGAGGGGAGAGAAUGAGUCAGGAGUGAGGGGUGUCUCACUCCCUCGUGUUUCCAGCGCCUGGUGAACCCACUGUGGGCCCAGGGCUGCCUCCCUGGGCUCUCUGAAUCAUGUAGCUCACAGCAGUGCACAUUCACCCUGUGCAUGUGAGACUGUUGGAAAAUCUUGCUGAGCUGAGCCCAGUUAGUCUGAACUUCCCCUGCCCUGUUGCAGUCCCUUUUUGAGAGAGACCAUGAGCAGGAAGUGGUCUUGCUCCAUGCAGUGUUGCAGCAGGGUCUCUUUGUGUUUUCUGUCUUUGUCCUAAGCCCUGAUUUGAUCCUUCAGUCCUGCUGCCCUGUCUUCUGUCCUGGCUUCAGGGCUGCAAGUCAGGGCUCACAGGAGAGUGUCCUUUACCCUGUUUCUUUUGCAUAUGAAUCUAAGGUUACACCUGUUCUUGAAGAGAUGAAAGGUGCCCUGAGGACCUGCCCUGAGCUGGUUGUAGCUCUCUUUUACCACUUCUGGGGAGUGGAGGCAGCUGAGGCUGGCUGGGUUCAGUUCCUGUUCUGACAGCCAAGCAGCAAAGCCAAAACACAAGUAAACAGACUGGCUGGACCCAGCACUAGAGAUCAUCCUUGAAGGUUGCCAGACGUGCAGGCUGGGCUGUGGCUUUCCUCUGUAUUCCUUGGCUGUGCUGGCACCAUUCUUCUUUCUUGUGUGUCUCUAUAGAGGAGGGGGGCACCCCAAAUCUGUGGCACAGAGAGUGAUCAGCAUUACCACCUCCCAUUAUGGGGCCUGACAGUGUUUGUGUGCUCUCCUGAGGGUGCUCUGUGGGGUGCUGAGACCUGGGCUGCACAUGGAGGGGUGAGCACAUAAGAAUAAUGGGGACAUCCCUGCUGCCAGGGAUCUGCAGUGCUGAGCCCUUCCAGUGGCAUGAGCUGUCCUGCUGUGCUCAGGGAAGGGCAUGGUCCUGCCCCCACAUCUCUGCUGGGCAGAUUGCCAUCACCCCCUACUUGCAGGCUGCUGCUCUGGGGUGGAAGGGAGCAGUGGGACACGGGCAGUGACCUCUCUGCUGCAUCGGAGCGUUCCACAGGUUUCCCAUUUCCCCUUUUCCCAACCGUUCGUGGGAUCAGCGUCACACAGGCAGGGACUGGUUACAGUCAGAUAUGGCAGAGCUGUCCCUUCCCCCUGUGCCUGGCAUGGAGCACACAGUGAGAACAGAUGCCUGUGCUUAUCUGUUCCUUAGGGCUGGUGACCCUCCCUUUUCCAGCAAAGAGCAAGUGUCUCUCCUGGUCUGCAGCCACGUUUCCCACUCAGGAGCUCAGAGCAAGGCAGGGUUUUGGUGCAGCACCUCUGCAUGUGCAGGGAUGUGACUCUUGGCUGUGGUUCCCGGUGGGAGAUGAGCACAGCAGGGCAAGCCCUCCUUGGAAAGGAAAGGCUUUUCUAAGUUUCUCAGGACAGUGGUGUGGUGUCUCCCACCUGUGCUGGAGUAUAAAUUUACCUGGAAAUUAUCCUGGGGGAAAUGCUGAGAACAACAGUCAUGUCUUGAGCCCACAGCCUUGGAAAGGGGGUGUUGGAGCAAAGCUGGAGCUUCUCGUGUUGGUGGGCUCCUGGAAAGCAGCACAAACACUGAUGGGAUGGUGAUGUAGCAGCAUGUGAUGGUCAGUCAGGGCACAGCCUGACUCCUCUUGUCCCUCCUGUGGCAGGGAAGAGCUCACAGCUGGUCCCUGUGGCUCUCCAGCAGGGCUGAGCCAUUGGAGAGCCACGGGCUGAGGAUUGAGACCCUGUAGCGCAGCGUGGUCUGUGGGUGCUCAGCAGGGCCAGGGAAUGGAAAACGGGUGUGACAACAACCAUGAUCAUCUUCUGGGCUAGACUGGGAUGGGGUCUGACAGUACCUCAGGCACAGGCUGUCUGUCCUGUGCUGAUGUGGAAGUGUUGGCAUCACAGGGGUAGGAUUUGGAGGGGACACCCUGGCCCACAGCUCUGCAUGCUUGAGCCAGUAUUCCCAGUGACCCUCCUUCAUGCUGUGCUGUGCUCCUGGGCCUUUGCCUUGGGGCUGUGUGGGUGGGGGAGGAACCAGCAGUGCUGGAUCCAGCUGCUGCCUCCCUGGAGGUUUCCAUCUUGUUCUUGCUUUCCAGGGAUCUGCUACACAAUAUUUGACCUGGGCUUCCGCUUCGAUGUGGCUUGGUUUCUGACAGAGACCUCACCCUACAUGUGGUCCAACCUGGGCAUUGGCUUGGCCAUCUCCCUGUCUGUGGUGGGAGCUGCCUGGGGGAUUUACAUCACGGGCUCCAGCAUCAUUGGCGGUGGAGUCAAAGCCCCACGGAUCAAAACAAAGAAUCUGGUGAGCAUCAUUUUCUGUGAGGCCGUGGCCAUCUACGGGAUCAUCAUGGCAAUAGUCAUCAGUAACAUGGCUGAGCCUUUCAAUGGAGUCACUCCAGAAGAGAUUGGAGCCAGGAACUACCACGCAGGUUUCUCCAUGUUUGGAGCUGGUCUGACCGUGGGUUUAUGCAAUCUCUUCUGUGGGGUCUGUGUGGGCAUCGUGGGCAGCGGGGCUGCCCUGGCUGAUGCCCAGAAUGCCAGCCUCUUCGUCAAGAUCCUGAUCGUGGAAAUCUUUGGCAGUGCCAUAGGGCUGUUUGGAGUCAUCGUUGCUAUCCUGCAGACAUCUAAAGUAAAAAUGGGCUGAGCCCUGUUGCACUCAGCCUGUUCCAGCGCACCCCAAGAGGUUCUGUACAUACUUAUUUAAUGUUUCUAUACUCGGUUGGGGUGGGAGAUGCUGGCACCGGCAGCAGGAGCCUGACCGCCUAGAGCCCCGUCCUGCAGAUCAGUCGGCCCCUUGGAAGAAACAAAUUUCUCUGUGUGAAUUCUGCCCCCAGCAGCCUGGCCCAGCUCGUGGGGCCCUGCUGCUGCCCGUCCCCGGUGUGUAGAAUUGACCAUCAGUGCAAUCCUGUGUCAGUGAAAUAAAUAUGGUUCUUGUCCA